AGGGACAUUAAGAUUAUUUAAGAUUUCUUGUAUUAAGUGUUUAGACAGAUUCCUUAUUGUAUUUUUAUAUGGAUAACAAAAUUAAUUGCUUCUUUGUAAAUAAUUAUGGAGCUUGUUAUAAACAAUCAUAUACUCGAGAAAGAAAUCUGAUUAAAGAUACUGACAGCAAUGAUCGUAAGCUACUUGAAAAAUGAACAAAUCUGAAACAAGAACAAAUUACUAAUAUAUGCACACACCAUGAUAUGUUAGUUAUAAGAUAUAAAGGUAAUCAGAAAAGUUGCUGUAAUCCAUUUCUGAGUCACCAAAAGGUGUGUAGAGCAUCUCUACUUGUGAUUACAAUGCAUAUUGUGUUAAAAGCAGAAACCAUAGGUUUAAAUCUUAUACCUGGAAAAAAACUGUGUCUAACCUGUCGAAGUAAAGUUAUGAUAUGUUUAUCAAAAAGUAUAAGUGAAAAUAAAAAUGAUGAAGAUUUUGAUAUUGUUAAUGAAGGAUCCAUUCAAAAUAAAAAAGAAAGUGUAGAUACACACUUUGCAUCUGCCGGAAUAUCUCCAAUUAAGGUCAAAGAAUUGCACAAGUCAGGUAAAAUCAGAGGAGGUAAACGAAAAUUGACAGCAUUAACAACCUCCAUUAAAAAAAAGGUAGCCAUUUCCCUUAAUAUAUCAGAAGAAAGUUUUGAAGAAUAGUCAAGUUUUA